UGACCUUUCAGUGCAGCUGCCUGGGAAGGCUGCACACGCUGAGCGGACGGCCCCGAGCUGAGAUACGACGACAUUUAAAAGUACAAACCCACCGUAAAUGGGUUUAUCACCACAUCAGCCGUUGCUUUCGUUGCUUUCGUUUACCUCGACCGAUUGUUUUGGAUGGAUUAUAUUAUUGUCGUCUCACCGAGAAGCCUUACAACGCCCAGUCAGCAGCGGCAGCCAUAGCUCCGUCAUUGACGCUGGAGAAAACUGUAACCUGUCCCUGCAAUGGCAGUCUUUAGUCACCAGGUGCUCCUUGCAGUCACAAGAUCAAGGGGAUCAUAUUUGUUAUCCAAGAGGCACAGCUGCUCCUCUCUGACUUCUAAAGCCUAUCUCCACAUAGACCCUCCUCGCCAGCUCUCGUCCUUACUGACACUCAGGCACUCUCGCUAUGGCUCCCCACACUGUUACCGAGGCCACGCUCUCGGCCAUGGCAACAACUCCGCCCUGCUUGCCCGCUCCCUACACUGCUCAGGUGUUUGGCUUCAAGACGUAAAGCAGGAGGACUCUAAAUCUUCACCAGCCGCCUCCCAGGAUGCUUCUCCAGGAGCUAAAAAGGACUCUGUAGCUGCUGCACCUCAGGCCCAACCUCCGUCAACUCCCACUCCGACGCCCACCGCCACUACAACGGCCGCCAUUCCUCCAGUGGAGAGGGCAGUCGUGAAAAAGGCUCUGUAUCUGAGGAUUGUGGAUGAGUUGAAGCAUUACUACAAUGGCUUCCGGUUACUUGGGAUUGAUAUCAAGAUUGCAGGCAGGAUGGUGUGGAGGCUGCUGCAUGGACAACUGCUCACACGCCGGGAGAGGAGAAGGCUGAUGAGGACCUGCGCUGACCUCUUCCGUCUGGUGCCCUUCACUGUGUUCAUCAUCGUUCCUUUCAUGGAGUUCCUUCUUCCUGUCUUCCUCAAACUUUUCCCAGAGAUGUUGCCCUCCACCUUUGAGACAGAGACCAAAAAGGAGGAGAAGCAGAAGAAAGGUCUGGCAGCGAAGCUGGAACUGGCCAAGUUCCUCCAAGAGACCAUCGCUGAGAUGGCUCGAAGGAAUAAAGCAAAAGCUCAGACAGAAGACGAGACGCAGCGAUUCUCAACAUACGUUCAGCAGGUUCGGGGCACAGGCGAGCAGCCCACCACAAAGGACAUUGUCCGGUUUUCGAAGCUGUUUGAGGACGAGCUGACGCUGGAGCACCUGGAGCGACCCCAGCUGGUGGCUCUGUGUAAACUGUUGGAGCUGCAGCCCAUCGGCACAAACAACUUGCUGCGUUUUCAGCUGAUGAUGCAACUCAGAACCAUCAAGGCGGACGAUGAGAUGAUUUCAGCAGAAGGUGUGGCAGCUAUGAGUGUGUCAGAGUUACAGGCUGCGUGUCGUAGUCGGGGGAUGAGGUCUCUGGGUCUCACCACCGAUCAGCUACAUCAACAGUUGCAGCAGUGGCUGGACCUGCAUCUGAAGGAGAACGUUCCUCCAUCGCUGCUGCUGCUCUCUAGAGCCAUGUACCUGACUGACCUCAAACCAAAACCUCCAGUCAUCCCACCUGUUCCCAAACUAGAGAAAACUCCUCCUCCAGUGGAGAAUACAGGAUCAAACACGACCUCAGUCCCCACUGACAUGUUGGCAGACCCUGCGCUCAUCAUCAAAGAAAGACCGGUGGAGGAGAUACGAGACAAGGCUCCUUUGGUGUCGGACAAACCUCUGACUCCUGCUGAAGUCCUUCAGGCUAAAGCAGCAACAGAGGUGUCCCAGAAGAGCAAGAUGAGUGCCAACGGUGUGUAAAGUGGAGCAGGAGCCUCUGGACUGAAGGGAGGAUGGACUCAGCUCUGCGUCCUUGGGGGAGAGAGGGACAACCGGGAUGUAUUGGUCAGAUGUCGGGCUGUUGAUGGUCUACAUUUCAGUAGCCUUCAGUUAUUUUAAAGCUCCUCCAUAAAUCCCCUUCUUCUGUCUUCGGACCAGAGGGCUGGGGAAUCACUGGCUCCAUUCAGCAUCAUGUCUGACAUGUUGAUACAACUCAUCCAGGAGUUCUGUCCCCUCACUGUUAACACCCAUUGGUCUGCUGCCCCUUCUGCUUCGUCUCAGCAGCUGCUUCUUUAUAAACUCAAACCCUCUGCUGUCACAUUUGUGCACUCCGUUUUCUGUCACUCUGCGUUGGAGCCAAACCAGUCUGACGUGUCACUGGACUGGCAGAUCACUGAUGCGAUUACUUUGACCUAAUGUCCUUGAAGUGACACCUAAAACCGCCCAUGGCAGAGCCUGGUCCAGACGGUCUCCUCCUCUUCCUGUAAAUGUGUAAAUAUCCUGUAUAUUAUUGUCUCUGUCUUACAUCGCAGCAGCAGCAGCUUUGUACAUUUUGCUAUGCAAAAUCCUACAGUCUCUUGAAAAUAUUCAAGUUUUUCUCUCUUGGAAGGUUCAUUUUGUUUUAUUUGGAUACCUUUUUCCUCUUAAGGAUAUAAGAGAAGUCAUUCUUUAUUUUUUUUCAGAAAUGUGUUGCUGAACUUUUUGGUUCGGUAGCUGACCCACCUUCAUCUUUGCUCAGUAAGUUGGACCAUCCUCGUGCAGAAACAGGCACCACACCUCCUGAACCUGCAAAUUAAUAAACGCAAAAGUUCUGAUUCAGUCAAAUGUCCUGAUCUUGUUUCAUCAGCUGCAGACUGGGACCGGCCCUGCCUCUGAACAGGGUGACAUAGCGUAGUUGCUUGCUGCUGCAUUUAGCAAAUGAAGACUGAUAUAUUAUUGAGAGAGUUGUCACUCCUUGAACCCAUAGGUGACUGUGUUAAGUCCAGUCCACCUCCACUGGUAAACCACUGAAUGGACAAUCUGUACAAAGAUGUGCAGAUUUGAUUUGCAUAUACAGUGUAUGUAUUGUGUUUUAACACUAUGAUACUAAGAUUCCUUUAAACUGAAAAGAGAAAAUACUUGAUGUUACCCAUGAAGCUAUAUUAUUAAUAUUGGGGAAAAGCUUAAAUCCUGAAGCCACAAAUGAGAUUGUUAUUUUUUGGUAUUGUGGCCCUAAAAGAAAAAAAUAUGUAACCAAUUAUGACUGAUUUGCCCAAAUAUCCUACUGCAAUAUGUGACCAAUAUAUAAUUGGAAGGUUUACCACAUAAAUAUGCACUGUAUAAAAACAGUUUGUGUGUGUUUAGACAAUGCCUAAGUAUUGUUCAUCCCUCUUUAUACAUUUGACAUUGUUGGAGUAACUUUUUGUCUCCACACAUUUUUCCUCAUUGCUAUUUAUCCAUAGGCACAUCCCAGAAGUGGAUGGCAUUAAUGAAAGCAUAUUUUUUGAAAAAGAAAAUUGUUAAUGAAGAUUUAUUUUAUUGGUUUUACAUAUGUGCCUAGGGUUAAAGGGCGGUUGUGUUUGCAUUUUUCAUCAGAGAGCAGAUUUUAUAUAUUGUACCAUUGUCGAGUUUGUAUUUUGGUUUGAUUAUUCACCCCCGUUUGUAAAGCGCCGGUUGCACCUUUUCUCUUUAGUGGAAUGUCUUCUUCUCCCUGCCUCAUUUGACCCAAGUUUCAACCCAAAACCAAAUCAAACUUUUCCUUAUAAUCACCUGUAUUGAUACUGAUGAAAAGCAAAGUCCUUUUCAAUCAGCUCUGCAGCCAUGGUGUAAAGGACAACAAAAAUAAAUGAAAACAAUCAAAAGUUGCUUUAUCAUCUCUGGUUUGUGCUCUGCUGCCCUUUUUAAUAACCCAAGUCAAUCGGAGUAGAUGUGAAGUGAUUAGUGCAAUGUUUAUGGCAUUUAUUUUUUUAAAACAAAAGGUCGGUGACCUGUUGAGAAAGAUGUGUCAUGUUGAUGUGCUGCUCCUCACACGUUUUGAGUUGAUCUGCUGGGAGGUUUUCAGAUAUUGAUUACUGGUACGGUCUACUGCAUGAGUAUAGGAUUACACAGCAUUAAAUGAUAUGGAUUAACUGGACGUCAUGUUUCUGCUGUGCCUGGGAGACCCCGAAACUGAAAAAUAUGAUAAAUGUAUUUCCAAGUUAUUGGACAGAAUGCAUCCACAUUUAAAUUGGCCACAGAUUCGAUCUUGUCCUUAAUUACCUUCCUUGUGUCACAGCUUCCAUUCAUCAGCAUUAUAGUGUGGAAACAACAACUUCAUACUGCUAUCUCAGAUGGUUUGGUUACAUCAAUGCCAUCAUGAUGUGUCCUCUGUCUUUAAGGAUUGUUUCUGUCAGUUAUUAAAUGCACUGCUGUUCAAUUACCUCUUACCCUGUAUAAACUUCAUGCAUCAUUUUACCAUGGCAAAAGAGUGUCUGGGUGAUGGAAAAAAGAAUUCACACAAUUAAAAUCAUUAAACCCUUUA